UUGCAUCUAUAUGUGCUUAUAUAUAUACACGAAAGAUGAUGUGUGCUUGCGGUGUACUGCAUACAUGACAUGCACGCGCGCUUCUCUCGAACGCAUUGUAAACAAAUGAUCCGAGCGUUCAAUGGCCAAUCCACAGUACAUAUACAGUCUAACUUCAACGUAUAAGCUAUACCGACUGCUACUUAAUUUGUUUUCAUUUCCACUCGAUGUCUUGAUGUGUAAACCUGCGACGCAACUCCGUGCUUUUCCAUCGUGUUUACAUAAACUGCAUGGGCCCUCGCGCUUUUUUUCAAGUCAAAAAUUUUAUUAUACUUGUGAAUGAUGAACAAAAUCAAUACAAACAAACAAGACAUGUCUAAUACCUCAGCUUGGGAUACCAUGAUGAAUACACCAGUGACUACGAUUGCUUCGAUGCAUCACAUCAAUCCUCCUAUGACACCAGAAUCUGACCAACCUGCUACGCAGGUGAUAAUACCAACACCAAUUAAAUUACAGCCACCAAUCAUGACAACACCUCCCAUAACUGGAGAUCAUUGCAAUGUUAUGCCACACAUGCAGCAACCAGUAAUGGUGGGACCUGGUGUACCGAUGAUCAAUUAUGCAGAGGAAUUAUCAGUUGAGUUGCAAGCACAAGGAUGGAAAAAAUUCUGGAGUAAAAGAGAGAACAGGCCCUAUUUUUGGAAUAAAUUAAGUGGAGAAUCAUUAUGGGUCAUGCCUCCAUUAAAACCAGGAUUUGACCCUCACAUGGAUCCUUUGGCAAUUCAUCAUGGAAAUGGUCAAAUGAUUCCUCCUGGAACACCUGGAGGACCCCUUAAAAGAAGGGCAUCUGAAGAUGCUGCUGCGAUGCCUGCUACAAAAAAAUUAUUUUUAGCAGGACCAUGGGACUUAGAAAUUGGUUCCAAUGUAAUUACAUUCGAAAGAGCUCCUACGAACCUCUACCAAGUUCAUCCAGAUGUUGAAUUAUUGAGAUGUAAUUUGUUAGCCAAAUUGAGACAGUGCUAUCAAGAACUAUGUCACUCUAGAGAAGGUAUAGAUGCACCAAAAGAAUCUUUCAAUCGUUGGCUAAUGGAAAGGAAGGUGAUAGACUUAGGUAGUGACCCUUUGCUACCCAGCUCUUGUUUUCCUGAAAUUUCCAUGUCUAUGUAUCGUGAAAUAAUGAACGAUAUCCCUAUUAAACUUAUAAGACCUAAAUUUACUGGUGAUGCAAGAAAGCAGCUGUCUAGAUAUGCAGAAGCUGCCAAAAAAGUGAUUGAAUCUAGAGAUGCUUCAUCAGAAAGUAGAAAAGUAGUUAAGUGGAACGCAGAAGAUACAUUUCAGUGGUUGCGAAGAACAGUUGGUGCUACGUUUGAUGAUUUUCAAGAUCGUCUAACACAUUUGAAACGCCAGUGUCAACCUCAUCUAACUGAAACUGUGAAAGCAAGUGUGGAGGGUAUCUGUUUAAAAAUUUAUCAUUUGUCUAAAGAAUAUGCAAAAAAAGUGAAAGAAAAAAAUGAACAGAUUGCAAAAGAGCACAACAUUAAUGAACAAUCAGUAGCUUCUGUUAAUACAAAUCGUAAAGUUUGGUGCUACUCUGUACAAUUUUCUCGUCAAUCUCCAAGGCUUCCAGUGAUUGAGUUCAACCACGAGGGAGAUCAAACAAUGUUACGAUAUCAUAAUGAAGGAAUGUGCAUCAACACUCAUUACUUGACGAAAUUAGAAUAUCUUUAUAGAUUUAACUGUUCAGAUGAUCGAAAAUUCGACCUAUUUAUACCCAGAGUUUGGUGCUUGCUCAAGCGUUAUCAAACUUACUUAGGUAGUACAGAUAGUCAAGCAACACAAAUGGCAUUGCCAGUAACGGUAUUUGAAAGUCUUCAACGCUCAUUCGGAGUUACAUUUGAGUGUUUUGCGUCUCCAUUAAAUUGUUAUUUUAAACAAUUUUGCUCGGCAUUCGCCGAUACAGACUCUUACUUUGGCUCGAGAGGACCUUUUAAUGACUUUAGGCCGGUCAGCGGGAGUUUUCAAGUAAAUCCUCCUUAUUGCGAGGAACUGAUGGAUGCAAUGAUCACACACAUAGAAAGUGUUCUUUCAGAUUCAUCUGAACCAUUGUCAUUUAUAGUAUUUCUACCAGAAUGGAGAGAUCCGCCUCCCAAUGCACUACUGAAACUAGAAGCUAGUCCUUUUAAAAGAAAGCAGGUUGUAGUGCCCGCAAUGGAACAUGAGUACAGAAACGGUUUACAGCAUGUUCUUCCCAAUCGGUCUAUGCCCAGGGGAGAAUUAAACAUCAGAGCAGUUCAUGGUACACUUGUGGUGUGGCUCCAAAAUCCAGCUGGCCAUGCGAAAUGGGGGCCGACCGAAGAACGAGUUGAGGCUCUGCUCGAGGCCUGGAGGCCAGGAAAAGAGCGCGAACGCGAUCGUCAAGAAUUGCUUUCUCCUCCACGCCAACCUCCCUCGUCAAUACCGGCACGUACGCAAGCUCCGAUGCAGCAACCAGUGGGUCAGACCACUCUGGCUCCAAUCACAACAACACCCAGUGCGAUCAUGAGCGCAGCCUCCUCACCACUACCCGUGCAGGGGCCAAUGCCCAAGGCGUUGUCUAGCCCUAGUUCAUCGGCCAACGCGACAAUAACGAAUUCUCACGAUAUCUGAGACGAGACUUACAUUCGUGGUUCUGUCACGUCUAUCAAUGAUAUAGAGAAGGAGAUCAAUGAGAGAUGAAAUGUGUAUUCUGUCUGAUCGAUAUCCGUCUUACCGUACACUAGUGUAGCAAUUUUCUCUCGUUUAAUCUUGAAGAGCGGAAAGUGUAGAGAAAAAGUUGUUAUUUAUUCUCAAUAGUAACGUUUUAAUUUACUUCAAAAUUCAUAAUACCUUCUGUGUUUCACUUUUCUGUUAUAAUAUUCGGCAAUAUAGAUCAAUACCUCGAUCUGAUUCAACGAAAAAAAUGAAUAAAAAAUGUAAACAAUUUAGAUAGCUUUAGAUUAUUAAUAUUAUUUUAUUCAAAAUUUUGCUGAAACUACGUUAGCCUCAUCGGAAAGUUUCAAGAGAGAUUCACGAGGCCGACGCAGCUUCGGGAAAACUUUGAAUAAAAUAAUAUUAGUCUAAAAUUGUCCAAUCUUGUUGAAAUUUUUUUAUUCAAUUUUUUCUUUGAAUAUAAGUGAGGUAUUAGCCGUCAUUCCCGAACAUUUUACUAAAGGUUUAAAUUUCUAUUGAAAUAUUCUAUAUGAUUUUCUAAAAGGUUUCUUGAACGUAAUUUAUUUUUGUUUAAUCAAGAUAUAUAGUAUUGCGAUCUUUACUAAAUUAUGAAAGAUAAAAUUGAAACGAUGAAACGAUGAAAAAUAUCCUGUCGUUUUUAUAAUAACGACAGCGCUCAUAAAAGUAAA